AAACCUUGGAAAAUCUGGACUGCGAGUCUCAUGCCUGGGGCUGGGGACAUGGGUCACUUUUGGAGGUCAGAUCUCAGACGAGGUGGCCGAGCAGCUGAUGACCAUCGCCUACGAGAGCGGCGUCAACCUGUUCGACACGGCUGAGGUGUACGCAGCUGGCAAGGCUGAGGUCAUCCUUGGAAACAUCCUGAAGAAGAAGGGCUGGAGAAGAUCCAGUCUGGUCAUAACGACAAAACUGUACUGGGGUGGAAAAGCUGAAACGGAAAGAGGCCUUUCCAGAAAGCACAUCAUCGAAGGGCUAAAGGCUUCUCUCCAGAGGCUGCAGCUGGAAUACGUGGACGUUGUCUUCGCCAACCGGCCGGACAAUAAUACCCCCAUGGAAGAAAUUGUCCGAGCGAUGACACACGUAAUAAAUCAAGGCAUGGCGAUGUACUGGGGAACGUCGCGCUGGAGCGCUAUGGAGAUCAUGGAAGCCUACUCCGUAGCCAGGCAGUUUAACAUGAUACCUCCUGUGUGUGAACAAGCUGAAUACCACCUUUUCCAAAGAGAGAAAGUGGAGGUUCAGCUGCCGGAAUUGUAUCACAAAAUUGGGGUUGGAGCAAUGACGUGGUCUCCGCUAGCCUGUGGGAUAAUCUCAGGGAAAUACGGCAAUGGGGUCCCUGAAAGCUCAAGGGCUGCACUAAAGUGCUACCAGUGGCUGAAGGAGAAGAUCGUGAGCGAGGAAGGGAGGAAGCAGCAGGGGAAGCUGAAAGACCUGUCGCCCAUCGCCGAGCGCCUCGGGUGCACGCUGCCUCAGCUGGCCGUCGCAUGGUGUCUGAGAAACGAGGGGGUGAGCUCCGUCCUUCUAGGAUCUUCCAACCCAGAGCAGCUGAUAGAGAACCUCGGAGCCAUACAGGUCCUCCCAAAGAUGACAUCCCAUAUCGUAAACGAAAUAGAUAACAUUCUGGGAAAUAAGCCCUACAGCAAGAAGGACUACAGAUCAUAAUGCACUGCAUGAAUCCCCUGGACUGCAUGGUUUAAAAAGUGCUCUGUACGGAAGUGCAGCCCCGAGUUAAUAUCUGGUCAUGAGAAUCAUUCAGCAGCUUGCUGCUCGGUGUCUACUGUCACUGGAUCCUUCGAGAUGUGUGCUGUCGCUACUAAUCUGCAGUGAAAUUCAAAAGCACAGUUGAUCUCUCUUCUAACCAAGAAUAACCUUGUAUUUUCUUACCUUCGACUGAAUUCAUUAAUUUUUACUUUACUCGUAGCACCUCAUGCUUGUGCUGUGAAAAACACUUGUAAAGCAAAAAAUAAUUUAUAACCUUCAGGUACUUGGUAAUUAAAGAAGGAUGUACAGAUCUAUUUUUUCAAUGAAGAAAAGCCAGAUACAACUUAAGGUUUUAAUAAAACCACACAUUAGGGAAAUCUCA